AUGAUCAAUAUAUAUAUUCGUUUUGAACGCAGAAGUGAAUAUGCCUUAUAUACUGUAAGAGGUUUCGAGGCACGCCUAGAUAAUUGCCGGUACAUGAUUGUUCGUUUGGAUAGCCGAGAUGAAAGUGGAUGGUUCUUAGGUAACUUUAUGGGCUAUGCCUCUGGAAGAAGUUUGAAUCAAUCUGGUUUUGUUGAAAGCUCGACUUUGCCGUAUGUUUGUCCAUACGCCAAUGGAAUCUAUCGCGAUGACGAUAAUAACGAACUUACCCUCGUCGGCUAUAUUACCCGCGAAAACUUGAGAACGCUCUAUAGACACAGCACCACACUGGGGAAAGGCCCUAUCCCUGUCCAAGGUGCAAUAGACGUUUCUCCACUGUUAGUAAUAGGAACAGACAUAGGAGGCGCUCUUGCCGCCAUUGAGAGUUGUAAUGUUUUCCAGCAAGCAUAA